UUGAAAUGGUUACAUGUCGAAAAUUCGGAAGGUCACUUCUUGACGAAUCUGAUGCGUUUUAUGAUUUUUUAUGUGCGCCUUGUUCCGACAACGGUAAAAAUGUUGAAGCUUUGUUUCAAUGUAUUGACUGUCAAGUUCUCUAUUGUAAUAAAUGUGUGACAGGUCACAACAAAUAUUCGAAAAACCACAACAUAGUUGAUAGCAAGUCGAAACUAUUCGGACAAGCCCAAAGACAUCCGAAGACAUUUGCCAACAGUGGGCUGCCGACGGAUUUAUGCGAGGAGCAUCACGGAGAAGUGAUCAAGAUGUUCUGUGGACAACAUGAUAUGGUAUGCUGUACUGUUUGUAUUGCUGUGAAACAUAGGUCCUGUGAUGGUGUAUACUAUAUCCCAAACAUUGCCAAAGAUCUUUUAAAGAGGCAGGACAAUUACAACACUAAAACAUCUUUGGAGAAGGUAAAAGUUGCUUUGCAAAAUUUGAAGUCCAAAAUGCAGGAUGAUAUGAAACAGUUGAGUAAUCAACGUGAUAGUAUACUUGAUGAAAUAGAAAAGUUUAAGAAAGACCUGAUCAGAAAAGUGGAAGAGUUGGCGAAGGCAUCAAUUAAAGAGGUACAGGAAAAGUACAAAAAUAUUUUUGAAGGCAUAAACGCCUGCAGCAAGAACAUAGGACAUAUUCUAGAAGAUGUAGACAAAUGA